AUGGUGGCUAAGAAGUUGGUGGAGCAAGGCUUGAAACAUGUGAAACAAAUUUUGUCCGUUGAUCGCGCUGAGGCAAGGCGAAGAAUUCCGUAUACAGUGAAGGAUUUUUACAUACCCAUAACUAUUGAACAAGGUCGGGCCAAGGUUGGAGAGAUGUUUCUGAAGAAUAAAAAUGUGACAGACAUUUGGAUUAUUGACAUGCUAGUUAUAAAGGGUCAAAUGGAGCUGGUGGAAACAGCAAACUUAUGGAAGCAGCCCAAUCAUGUUAUGAUGAAGCCCAAACCCACAGACUUCCUGUGCAAGUUUUACGAGGGUCAGGAGUAG